AUGGCAUCCAACAAAGCUUCUGUUCCAGAAUGUGACUCAAACCCAGAAAUGCAAAAUAAAGCAAUUGUGGGUACACUUUACAAGGCAUUGGCACAUGGUGACACCAGUACCGUGGUCAAACAGAUAGCAAGUGACCUGGAAUGGUGGUUCCAUGGGCCUCCCCGGUGCCAGCAUAUGAUGAGGAUGCUCACUGGCGAGUCAAGUCACACCGAAUUCCGGUUUGAGCCAAGAAGCAUCGAGGUCAUUGGUGAUUGCGUGAUUUCAGAGGGUUGGGAAGGAGCACAAGUUUAUUGGGUACAUGUAUGGACUUUGAAAGACGGUUUAAUUGCACAAUUUAGGGAGUACUUUAAUACAUGGCUGACUGUGAGGGAUGUGAAUCCGUCAGGCUGCGAAAUCGGGCACGACAGCCACACUCUGUGGCAGAGCCAACCCAGGGACAUGGCACGCCGCUCGUUGCCUGGCCUUGUGCUUGCCAUAUAG